AUGCACCUGAAUUGGAAUGGACCCGAACAACGCAUCUCGAAGAACAACAGUUAUGAGAAGUUUGUGCUCUCUGGGAACCUGCACGGGGGCUCUGUGGUUGCGAGCUAUCCCUUUGAUGACUCUCCCAUGCACGAGCCCAAUGGCAUCUAUAGCAAAUCAGCUGAUGAUGAAGUGUUUAAAUACCUGGCAAAAGCUUACGCUUCAAAUCACCCGAUAAUGAAAACUGGCACCCCACAGUGCCCAGGGGAGCAGUUGGAAACAUUCAAGGAUGGCAUCACUAAUGGAGCUCAUUGGUAUGAUGUAGAAGGGGGGAUGCAGGAUUACAACUACGUGUGGGCCGAUUGCUUUGAGAUCACCUUUGAGCUGUCCUGCUGCAAGCAACCAAUGGCAACCCAGCUUGAGCAGGUAUGGGAGAAUAACCGAGAAUCUCUCCUCACUUUCAUUGAGAAGGUCCACAUGGGAGUAAAAGGAUUUGUCAGGGACUCGAUGAAUGGGUCUGGCCUGGCAAAUGCGACCAUUGUUGUUGCUGGCAUUGCUCAUAACAUCACAGCAGGCCGAUUUGGUGACUACCACAGAUUGCUCGUACCUGGAACCUAUAACAUCACUGCAGCUGUCGCAGGAUAUGUGCCAAUGACUGUAGAGAAUGUUGAGGUGAAAGAAGGGGCUGCAACAGAGGUGGAUUUCUCUCUGCAUCCUACUGUCGUGGUGCCUGUUUCCGAUCCCACGCAGGCUGCUGCCACUCUUGCCCCAGCCUCUGCUGCCAAUGCCCCUGCCCCCCCCCCCCCCCAGCCGCUCCAGCCUGAAGACUUUCGCCACCACCACUUCCCUGAUAUGGAGAUCUUCCUGAGGCGGUACGCCAGCGAGUACACCAACAUCACACGCCUCUACUCGGUGGGCAAGUCAGUGGAGCAAAGGGAACUGUAUGUGAUGGAGAUAUCAGACAACCCGGGCAUCCACGAGCCAGGUGAACCAGAGUUCAAGUACAUUGGGAAUAUGCACGGGAAUGAAGUAGUAGGUCGAGAAUUGCUUCUGAAUCUUAUCGAUUAUCUCUGCAAGAACUUUGGAUCAGACCCUGAAGUCACAGAGUUGAUCCUUAAUACUCGAAUCCACAUCAUGCCUUCCAUGAACCCCGAUGGCUACGAAAAAUCCCAAGAAGGAGACAGAAGCAGCACGGUUGGCAGAAACAAUAGUAACAGCUAUGACCUGAACCGAAACUUCCCAGACCAGUUCCUCCCAACGACUGACCCGCUGCAGCCAGAGACCGUCGCUGUCAUAAACUGGCUUAAGGCCUUUCCAUUCGUACUCUCAGCAAACUUGCAUGGAGGUUCUUUAGUGGUUAAUUACCCCUUUGAUGAUGAUGAGAAAGGAAUAGCCAUCUACAGUAAAUCACCAGACGAUGCUGUGUUUCAGCAGCUUGCGCUUUCUUAUUCCAAGGAAAAUACUCAGAUGUACCAGGGCAACCCUUGCAAGGACAUGUACCCCAAUGAGUAUUUCCCCCAUGGCAUCACUAAUGGGGCUCACUGGUACAAUGUUCAAGGUGGGAUGCAAGAUUGGAACUAUUUAAACACAAACUGUUUUGAAGUGACCAUUGAGUUAGGCUGUGUGAAAUACCCAAAUGCUGAAGACUUGCCAAAGUACUGGGAGCAGAACCACCGGUCUCUGAUCCAGUUCAUAAAGCAGGUUCACCGGGGUGUCAGGGGAUUUGUGCUGGAUGCCACAGAUGGAAGGGGCAUCUCAAAUGCUACCAUUAGUGUUGCUGACAUCGACCACCCUGUCACGACUUACAAGGCUGGGGACUACUGGCGCCUGUUGGUCCAAGGAUCUUACAGAAUCACAGCAUCUGCCCGAGGGUAUAACCCGCUCACCAAGACUGUCAGUGUUGGGGAUAAAGGUGCAGUGCAAGUCAACUUCACUCUGUCACGAACAGACUCCAAAGUUGAGGAGGGGAAGACACCCAUCAUCAAGAACGAAGACACUAGCGAUCCCUCUACCAAGGAGUUUGAGAGCCUGAUCAAAGACCUCUCUGCUGAGAGUGGUUUGGAACGCCUCGUGCUAAACUCUUCGAUGGAUGUUUCUCCCUACCGCUACCAUCCGUACAAAGACCUGUCUGACUUUCUGAGAGCCCUCAACUUGAACUACCCCCAGAUCACAAAUCUCACCACCUUGGGCCACAGUGUUGAGUACCGUCAAAUCUCGUCCCUCGAAAUAUCCAACAAACCCAACCAGUCUGAGCCCGAGGAGCCCAAGAUCCGCUUUGUGGCUGGUAUCCAUGGAAAUGCUCCAGUUGGCACAGAACUGCUCUUGGCAUUGGCGGAGUUCCUCUGUAUGAACUACAAAAAGAACGCAGCCAUCACCAAGCUCAUUGACAGGACCAGAAUUGUGAUUGUACCUUCCCUAAAUCCAGAUGGGCGCGAGAUUGCUCAAGAGAGAGACUGCUCAUCCAGGAUUGGACAAACCAAUGCUCGUGGCAAAGAUCUGGACACUGACUUCACAAGCAACUUCUCCUUGUACCCUGGGAUGGGACAGCCAGAGACCAAAGCAAUCGUUGAGAACUUGAUCCUGAAGCGAGAUUUCAGCCUCUCUGUUGCACUGGAUGGUGGCGCUCUGCUCGUAACUUACCCGUAUGAUAAACCUGUGCAGACAGUGGAAAAUAAAGAAACUCUGCAACAUUUGGCAUCGCUGUAUGCGAACAACCAUCCAACAAUGCAUCUGGGUCAGCCAGGCUGUACGAAUGAGUCAGAUAAGAACAUUCCUGGAGGUGUGAUCCGUGGGGCAGAGUGGCACAGUCACCUGGGCAGUAUGAAGGAUUUCAGUGUCACGUUUGGCCAUUGCCCCGAGAUCACAGUGUAUACCAGCUGCUGCUACUUCCCAAAUGCUGGACAGCUCCCUAGUCUGUGGACAGAGAAUAAGAAAUCUCUCCUUGGCAUGCUUGUGGAGGUUCAUAAGGGAGUCCAUGGAUUUGUUCAAGACAAGAGUGGAAAGCCGGUGUCGAAGGCCAUCAUUGUACUCAAUGACGGUGUGAAAAUCUAUACAAAGGAAGGUGGCUAUUUCCAUGUGCUGUUGGCUCCGGGCUUACAUAACAUCAGUGCAAUAGCUGAAGGAUAUCAGCAGCAGCAUGUACGGGUACGUGUGCACCAUGAUGCUGCCAGCUCUGUGGUGAUCGUGUUUGACAUGGAUAACAGGAUAUUUGGCCUUUCAAGGGAGCUUGUGGUAACUGUAGCAGGUGCCACCAUGUCAGCACUGGUCCUCACAGCCUGCAUCAUUUGGUGCGUCUGCUCCAUCAAGUCCAACAGGCACAAGGAUGGCUUCCAUCGCCUACGGCAGCACCAUGAUGACUAUGAGGAUGAGAUCCGGAUGAUGUCCACCGGUUCUAAGAAAUCCCUGCUGAGCCACGAAUUCCAGGAUGAGACGGACACUGAUGAAGAAACAUUAUACUCCAGCAAACACUGAUACACGCCAGCUGGAAUGGGAAGCUCCCUACGGACAGGCCCUACAAUGGGGGGCUCCUCUUCUACUUGAGAUCAGGAUCAUUAGCUUGCAGAAUGUGUAAGCUCCAGAGACGUGGGUGGGAGUUCUCAACCUCCCGUGUUCUUAUUUGCUCCUUUCCUACUAGUGCACAAGUCAGCAGACGUCGGAGGCUGUGGAUGCUAGGUCGGGGUUGGAGUUCCAUGCAAUGGAAACACAUGGAAGGCAAUUUAUUAGUGAGCUCUGGCAGUCGGGAGUUGCUAGCAGUUUCCGGGCAGUCCAGCCUGCUGCAGGCAUAGUGGAGUAAUAACCAAAUGCCUGGUGGGGGCCGUAGUACUAAGCUUUAAAGCCAUUAUUUAUCUCUCCUUUUUUUGAUUUUUUUUUCUUCCCUCUGUACAUUUUGGGGAAACCUCGAUCAGUUUUGGCCAAGGCCUCAGCUGCACUGCUGGUGAAUGGUAUUAGAAAUGGACAGUGAGCUUGGCUUUCGGUUGCUUCACCCCACUCCAAGGGUGCAAAGGUUCUGUGGUUUUCUCUGAUCUAUUUCAAGCGUCUAAUGCUUUUCAGGUGUGUGCAGGGGAACGUGUUUCGCACAUGGCCUCUCCAUGAACUUACCUCUGUAUUGAAACUGACAGGCGGGAGAAUCUUACCCAGGCAUGAGAUGCUCCUCCACUAAAGGGAGGGAAAGCUACAGUUCUCUCAGUAGGAGUUGGGUGUCUGGUAACACUACAACUCUGCCAUUCUCUAGUUAAAAGAAAAUCCUCAGGUUCACUUGCACCACCUUAGACAGAACCCCUUUUGCUUCUGGCUGGCCAUGUAGCCAGCCAAGUGACAUGUCCUGUUGCCUGUCCUUGAGUGGAGACUAGCUAGUACCUGGGAAUGGGGAGUAACAGUAGCAUGACAACAUGCUAAAAGAGCAAACAGCGGUAAUCUCAACCCAUGGAUUUGUCUAGACUCUAAAUACAGCUGGCUACUGACAUGCCUGUUCAGGUCUGCCGGAGUCUGAAAAGUACUUAAACUUGCUGCUGCUUAGGAAACACAGCUCAUGUUCUGCAGCCGCAUGGGACAACUUGUGGAUCUCCAUGACGGCCUCUGUCUCAAAUCCCUUCAAGACUUAAAUUCCUUUCCCAGGCCCAUCUGAUACAGAAAAAUGCCCAUUCCUGACACGUGCUAUUGUUAAAAGCUGACCCUUUUGCUCCCUUAUUGAACCCUAACGUUGCUAGACAUCCAGACAGCAGGACAGGCAUUUUGCUGCUCCAGGACCACAAGCAGAGCUUUUGCUGUUUCCGAGGGGAGAUGGCCGCUGUCAGUCACCAGAAUACAUCAGGAGGGAAGGGGUGUGUGGAGAGGGUUUGGAACAAGGGUAGCUCCUUUUUUGGGAUAGCACCUGACAUGUAAACAGGAGCUCAACUCUAUGCAUAAGGCUCUCUGUGAGAGAACACUUGUGAGAGAAAACUUGGAUUCAGAACUUAGGCAUUGUUGGCACUAAAAGACUCCUUUAACAAGGGAGGGCUUGUGCUAAGAUGGUCUAAAUCAGACCUCCCAAUACCUGAUUGAUUCUUCCAAUGCCUUUAGCUGUCUUUCUAGCUUGCCUCCACUUUGAGUGCGCUAGCGCUCAGCAGCAUGAAUCAAAUGCCUGCAUUGUUCCCUUCAGGAGUAUAGGACUUGCAGGAAUUAAAGAUGAUUUCAUUGUAAAGGCCGGGCGCUUGCAUAAAACGAGUGAUUCACUGGUGCAUCCACUCAGUGUUGUAGCCUGGAGCAAAGAAGGAAAUCCUUUUGUAAGACGUGAGGACCAGCAUUCUCCAGCCUUUGCUGUUUGCACCCAACAGAACCGCGCUGUGCUUGUGGAAAUGCAGCUCUCAAGGGAACGGCAGCUGAGAUCUGUUUGUAACCCACCUGUUUUUACUAAAAAACUAAAUUCUGCCAAAGGUUAAUGGGUGUUUGUGUGCAGUCUUUCCCAUUAGUCUCUCCCUGGCUCUUCUGAGAACUUCAGAUGCUAACAAGAUGUCAGAUGUCACCUGACUUGCAUUUGUUGGAUGGAACAGAGUUGAUAGCUCAGUCCUCUGUCAAGCAAUGCUCACGCUACUCUCCAGUUACCCAGAGAGACUGGAACUUUAUGGUAUUUAUGCCUCCAACUUUUGUUAAAACCAUUCCAUAGGCUGCCAAGUUUGGGGAGAGUCUCCAGUAUGACCUAGAUAUGGCUGCUGCCCUGGCUGUAAGCCUGCUGCCCCAGAGUAUCAGCAAUGGGUCUGACUUAGUAGAUUAGUCAUUGUCUCUGCUGGAAAGGUGUGGACACUGCCACCUAGUGGGGAUGAGAACUGAACUUUCUUGGUAGAGAGUUGCGUCUCCCAUGUCCUUCCCUUUCUUAAAAAUAAGACUGGGGCAAUUCUGCCAGAUCUGAGGGUAUUUAUGCUCCUCUCCCGGGAGAGGAGUUCUGCCUGAACAUUGCACAUCGUGUACCAGAUGGAUCUACUCUCCCCCCCCAUAUUAUCUGCUGGAGGCCUGUCUGAGUUAUUGGCUCCAUUGAGCUGCCAAACUGGAGAGAAGGUCAUUGUGGAAAUGUGUUAACAUGGCAAAUGCGUUUCUCAACCUUUUAACAGAACACUUGGCAAAUACACUGUUAGGUAUAAAAUGGGAUCAGACAUGGAGCUCCUGCCCUCCUUAUGCUACAGUGUUAUGGAGCUGCUAUUGCUAUAUCUUCUCUCACUCCUGCAGGAACCGCAGAUGUAGUAUGUGCCAGAUUACAGCUGUGCUGAACAAAUGACUUGGCUCCAUUUCUUCUGCUCUCGGCCUAUUAUGCAGGCUGCAGUGGGCUAUCCCUCAGUAACAUUAAGCCUGCCUGACUUCCCGAGCUCUUGCUUUUGAGGCCCAAAGUAAAUCCAUUUGGGUUUUCAUAUUAAAGUUGGCUUUUCAGACUGAUCUUCUACUUCUAGCUUUUCCUAGUUUGAUGCCGGGUUCAGUGUGGGAGUUGGAGCAUCCUUUUUCUGCCCCACAAGCAAUAACUCUUGUCAGAGGUCUACAGGCCUUUCAGAGCAUUGAAUUUACCCCAUUCCCUCAGAGAAUGUAUUUUGAACUAUCUAGCAUAGGUGAAUACAUGUGAGCUAAGUUGGUGUGAAUUGUUUUGUAAAUAUGUGAGUGAGACUUUUCUAAGCCAGAUGGGGUGAGUGUUUUUGCUUAGUUCUUUAUGGGCAAAUAUGCAGCUCUUCUGUGGCAUUGGCAGGCAGGUAUUUUUUGUAUUGAUUUUGCUAACCAGACUGCCUUCCACACCCCUUCUUCCAACACCCUAGGCCAUCUGUGACCCAUCUUUAACAGCCACUGUCAGCACUCCUCUUUGUGGAGGUGCCAGCAUCACCCAUAUGCACUCAUCUCUGGAGUGCAUAGGUCUAUGCACUGUGCCUUCAAAAGUGAACUUUUAAAAAGGGACUUAAAAUGGUUGACUUUUAGUUGAAAAAAAGAAACCAAUCUGUGUGCCAUGUGAGACCGCACUUUCUCUACCAGGAGUGUGCUCUGUUUUUUACCUGUACACUGAAAUCUAAUACUCUAUUAAAAUUAUUUUGAUGUCUUGUG